CUUAAUUAAUAACUAAAAUCAUUCUAUUACCACCCUUCUCUCUCGCGUGUGCUGGGUAACUCUUCAUUGUUUCAGAAUUCAGAUCCAGUAGACGUUGUAGAGAGAGAGAGAAAGAAAGCAAAAUCCGAUGAUGGGAAGCGAUUCAACAUGGGUAGGAAGAAAACCUAUGAGACGACUUGGUGGAAUGUCUGAUGCUCUCUCCAUUGCUGCUGAAUUGGGCUUUUCUGUUCCUCCUCCUUCCCAGGAGGAGAUACAAAACUUAUCCACCACCACUGGCGAAAAUGGUGAUGAUUUGAUAAGGGUCUUGAAGGAACUUACUGCUGUUCAAAGGAAAAUUGCAGAUUUACAAGUGGAACUUCAAGGUCGAAAGGAGGACAAAAAUGUUGCUCAUCUGACACAUGUCAGUGAAAUGGAAAAGAAGAUUGAAACAUUGCAAAGGAUUACUACUAUUUUGAAGGACGUUAUUCAGAACAAGGACCGCAUAAUUGCUCGCCUUCAACAACCAUAUUCGUUGGAUUGCAUUCCUGUUGAAGCUGAAUAUCAGAAACAAUUUUCGGAAUUACUGAUGAGGGCUGCCAGUGAUUAUGGUGCUUUAACAGCCUCUGUAACAGAUUUUCAGUGGAGUCAGAAUUUUAAAGAGCCACCAACAGUAUGGGGGGAAAUGCUUCGUCCAAUUCCUGUUGCUCUGGCUUCUAGCACCCGAUUCUUUGAAGCCAUGUCUGCUAUGAGAGAGUCAAUUGCAACACUGCAUGCUUUGAGAGUUGGUCAUUCUUCUUCCUUGUCUACCACCCCAAGCAAUGAUCCUUCUCAAAGUACACUUGGAGAUACUGAUUGUGUAACUCCUCCCCCAUGGAGAACAGAAUCAAGCUUUGAUGAUUUAGCAGUUGGGAGCCUGAGAAGGCAAGAAAGUGAGCCUCAAGAAGAUAGUGAAAUAGAAAAAGGUGAUAGUAUGAGCCACAAGAGAUUGUCAUGGCCCCCUUCAGUUAAACACAUCUGAUUAUGGUAUCAAUAUUUGGCAUGCUGGUGAUAAAAAAUUUUAUCCCCGUUUCCAUGAAUUUGUCGUUUUGGUUCUCUUUGUAUUCAUUCGUUUAGUUGUUUGUAUUUAUCGGUGUUGGAUGGGUGUGUUUUUUUAGUGAGUUCCCCAGGACUUUUGUUUGGUUUCAAUCUUGUAAAUGUAUUCCUCAACUGCAGCAAAAAUUGUUGGCUCUGUCCAAAUUGAAAAGAUGUUUUUUCACAGAUA